UUUGCGAGUUGGCAACAGUGUUCGGGACGCCUUAUGGCCGUAUUAUAACAGAUUAUACAUUAAUCGCUGAAAUACUUAUAAUAAUUUUGAAAAAAGGCAUACGUAAUUUUUUAAUAACUCAAAAAAAUUAUAUAUAACUUUUUUUACACCGUUACCAUUAGUAACCGAUAAUUUGUUAUCGUUCUAUCAAAUAUAUUCGUUCCUUCGAAUCAUCAACAAUAACUUUCGCGCAUGGAAUGUACUUUGUGCUACAAUAUUUUAGGAUUCCGAAUAAUUUUGAUAUUCGGUCAAUAAAGUAAGACACUUGAAAAAUUAAAAUCAAUUUUCACAUAAUCGUGAUGUAAUAAGAAUGCCUACAUAAAAGCAAUGCGCGCGCGCGCGCGCACUCGCGUAUGUGAAUAUACGCAUGUAGUAUAUACAUAUAUAGCAAUAUUCCAGUGUUGGAUUUUUUUGCAACGAUUAGUGGAAUGCUAUUUAACCAAAAUAGAUAAAGUUGUUAAAUAUUACGGAUGAAAAUGAGUGGCGACAUGUUUGAAGGGAAAGAUUAUCCAACACAAUGGGCCUUAAAUCCUUCAGCAUAUCAAAAUAUGAGUAAUGAUCAAGUUGAUUGGGCUGCAUUAGCUCAACAAUGGAUAAAAAUGAAAGAAACGGUUGUUCCACCUGCUCCACCACCACCAUCGAUCGAUUCCCUGUGCCCAGGGAACGAUAGUAGUGGUGAAGCACCUAUGGAUAUGGAUACCAAAGAAGAUGAUAUUCCACCGGCACCACCGGCUCCCACGAUUAGUGGUUCUGACGCUUGGGCUCAAUGGAGUCAAUGGGGACAUUGGAACACUUCUAACUCCAAUACUGGAACUUGGGAGUGGACUGGUGUUCCACCUCCUGGAGUUACUAUAGGUCCUGACGGAAAACCUGCAGGAGUACCUACAUUACCCAUCAUUCCACCUGGUCCAACGAUAUCGACUACAGAAUUUAACGUACCACCUCCAGUAACACCAUCGCUGUAUUCUUAUAAUUCCGCACCUCCGUCGCAACCUUAUAAUCAACAAGUCAGUAACUUCUGGUCUGGUGAAUCUUCAACUGCAGUGCCUUCUCAGCCAUUACUUUAUAUGAAAGGUAUUCGGCAUACCAAUCGAAUACCACAUAUGAGACCUAUUGAUGCAGUAAGAUGUAGAAACAAUAGGGAAAAAACACCAGAAGAAGAUACGACUACUACCAUCGAUGCAGCAAAACGUCGUCAAUUGCCAGCAUGGAUUAGAGAAGGAUUAGAAAAAAUGGAAAGGGAAAAACAAAAAGCAGUAGAACGAGAAAGACAAGAAAUUUUAAGAAAACAAGAAAUAGAAGCUCGUAAAAAGGCCGAGGAUGAGGCUCGUUUAGUUCUUAAUCCUUCGAAAAGUAAAUUUGAUUCAGAUUCGGAAAAAGAAGUAGAUCAAGAAUUCGAGACAAGUUCGACCGAACAGAAUAUUAACAAAAAGAAUUACGAACGUACACCAGAUGUUAUUCGUCCAAGAAAGUCACGUUUUCGAGAUGCUGAUUCACCUGAGCCAAGUAUAGCCGCUGAUAAUAGUCCGACACCGGUCUCUGGUAGUAUGCCCGUUACCGUUAAACGAUCGCAAGAGGAAAUUUUGCAGGAUGUGAUGUUGAAAGUUCGAAGAUCUCUAACAGAAAUUCUUUUGGAAGUAACGAAUGAAGAAAUUGGGGUAGUAUGCAGAGAGGUUUGGAAUCGCGCACGUGCCAAAGCCCCUGCAGGAGAGCACUCAGUCGCAUCCUUCAACAACACGGCCCCUCUUGCUCAGAUCACUCGAAAACUUGGUCUGGGCAUCUACGGCGACAGUAAUAGCGAAUCCGAGGAAGAACAGAAUGAGCAAGAACAACUCCAAAACAAUGAUAGUGACGAAGAGCUGAUGGAAACUUUGAGACGUCGGCAGCAGGCAUUCAAAAAGACAGAGAAGGAGAUAGAAGCACGUCUUGCGGCAGAAGAGGAAAACGAAGAUCAAUACAAUGUACAACAGGAAAAUCAUAUUGGUAAUACUAGCUGCAGAGAUACAGUUGAUGAGAAAGAAACGGUAAAUAUUCAAAGAGCAGCAUCUGAAAGUUUGUCGAGUGACGGACAAAGUCCACGAGAAGUAAAUGCCUCUGCGGAUGUGGUAAAAGCCGGUACCCCUUCGGCAUCAGUUAAUUCUGAAUCUAGUAAUUCUGAAUCAACGAGCUCUGAUACAAGUCAUAAUUCGACGAAGAAGAACAAAAAAUUAAGUAAAAAAAGUGAUCGAGAUCAAAGGAAACGAAAGUCUAAAAGUAGAAGUAAAUCAAGGAGCAAGAAAUCGAGAUCCCGUUCAUCGGAACGUACGCGAAAACGCUCGUCGAGAUCGAGAUCGGUAAAGUCCCGUAAGGGGCGACGUUCAAGGUCGAGCAAUUACAGGUCCAGUAGAAAGCGCAGAUCGAAAUCACGAAAUCGAAAACGAUUAAGAUCUCGAUCUAGAAGCUGCCGAAGAUCUAGGUCUCUGUCUGGAUCGAGAAAAUGGUCCCGAUCGCGUUCUAGUGGAAAAAAGAAGUCUCAUUCGCAUUCCAGAGAAAGAAGAAGUCGAUCUCGUUCGAUAAGGCGUAGCAAAUCGCGUAUAAGGGUUAAACGAAAGUCCUCUUCAAGAACCAGAGAAAGAUCACGAUCCCGUUCGCGAGAUCGUCACAGAUCGCGAUCUUACGUUUCUAGAAGUAGAAGGAGAAGUCAGUCUAGAUCUAGGGAUCGUAGAAGGUCGCAAUCAAAGUCACAUCAAUGGAACACUCGUGAUGGUAAGAAGUCAUCGCAUCGAUUCAGGAAUUGAGCCUGUUCAACUUCAAGCAAAGCAUUUUCCACUGGCUUCCAGUUGGCUUCAAUAUGUCAUUCUGCCUCAGUCCAUCAGUGUAUACUACCAUGGUAGUUCUUUCGUUUUAAAUAUAUCACGUUCAGUCUCUCCCGAUGUGUAUAAGAAGGUAUGAUAUAAUAAAGAAUAACAUUUUCUUUUCAAA